GUGCUCCAGGCUUCCUGAUGCGGACAGGAGACAGGCAGCAGAGCUGUGUUUAACAGCAGAUGUUUUACACUAGAGCUGUUACCCUCAUUUCCUGGGCGGAGAGCACCUCGCUCGCUUACACGAGUAACAGGAACCAGAAAAAAAAAAGAAGAGAAAGAGAGAGAAUGAGGCAGAGAGAGAGAGAAAGCGAGAAGUUCCCUGAGCACACAAAUCAGUUUGCCACCAGCAAGCUGUGACAAGCAGCAGGAGAGGAACUGUGUGGGGAUAGAACCGGGGUGUUCAAGGCGGCCAGAAUGCAGGGGCUUUGAACAAUUAGGUACUGAUGGAUGGGUAGAAGGAAGUGAGGACAGAGGCAAGACUGAUAUCUGAUCCCCAAGCCUGUGCGAGCUCUAAGAGGGAUCACUGCUGCUGGUGCUGCUGCUGCUGUGUGGAUGGUGCAGUCACUGAAGAGGUGUGUCAAACUUACGUUUUCUUACCAGAGGAGGCUGUUUCAGCGACACAGGGACGGUUCGACUGUGCUUUUAUCUUCUGAUAGCAUCCCUACUUGAGCUUUUUUUCACCUCAGGCUGAGACGCGGACAUUACCAUGUGGUAGAUAUGCAGCUGAUCACAUGCUGUCACAGCUAAGAAAAAGAGGUAGUCAGAGCCAGAGAGCCAUACAGACAAGUGUUUAUGUGUACAUCCGUUUUUGUUUUUUCUUUUUGGCUUUACUGUGUCGGUGAAAAUGAGGAUUUGACAAACUUUUCCUGCACUGAUAUAUCUGUUUAAAUUUAAGCUGACGGUGCUGAUGUGAGCUUUAUCUGGAACGUAAAGAAAGUCAGACUUCAUCUGACAAGACUUCAGUGACAUAGAAAAGGCACAUUCAGCUGAAAUCACUGUCUGCUAGAGUCAUUUUGUGAGAGCAGAUUUGAGUACAUGUUUACAUCGGAUCUGAAACAAGACAGCAUAGGUCAAGAAUUUCUGCACAGGAAGCUGUGUCAGUUGAGAUUCAGUAAAUUACGUGGGCUCUGGCAGCACCACUCAUAUUGGUGUUCUUGUCUUGCUGUUUCACGUUGUUUCUGGGUUUAGAGAGAUACAGCCUGUUAAACGGUACUGUUUGCUUUGAGAAGACCAGGGAUUUGACCAUAACUUGUGUGUUAGAGCAGCUCUGGAGAUUUGAAUGGUUGCAGUGAGUCUGGUGAUCCUCUGUUCUCUGUAUACACACUCUGGGCUUCAUGCGCUUUUGACAGCUCUGUUUGAGUGUCGGGGAGGUCUCUGUGUUACCUGUGUUCCCUCUGGGAUUCUUUCCACCUGCUUUUAUUUAAAUAAGACGCGAGCGUUAGGUGGUUUACACAGCAGCAAAAGUACCCGUAGCUUCUGAACCUCCAGGGCUCUCCACUCUGGUUAAAUUGCGCUGCAUGUAAAUUGGUCUUCAGGAGGUUGGAAGCAGGCAGCGAGUGAAGACGACACACUAAGAACUGAAGUGUACAAGGACAAAGAAGUGUAUCAGUCAGGUUUGCACCAUGAAGCUCGUGUGCCUGACACUUGUGGUUGUGUACAUGGUGGGGCGCGUGAGCGGUAUGUCCACAUGUAAGACGUUAGACCUGGAGCUGGUGAAGAAAAAGCGCAUCGAGGCCAUCAGGAGCCAGAUCCUCAGCAAGCUCCGUCUGCCGAAGGAACCUGAGCCUGAUCAGUCAGGUGAGGGUGAGGAGAUCCCCUCCACGCUGAUGUCCCUCUACAACAGCACCAAGGAGAUGCUGAAGGAGCAGCAGGCCCCUGUCCCAACAGACAUCUCCACAGAACAGGAGGAGGAGGAGUACUUCGCUAAGGUGCUGCACAAAUUCAACAUGACAAGAAGCAACAACACCCAGAGCACCAAGAAAUCUAAAAACAUCCCAAUGCUGUUCAACAUCACUGAGAUGAGGGGAAGUGUCGGGGACUACAGUCUGCUAACCAGUGCUGAGCUUCGAAUGCUCAUUAAGGGCACCAGCAUAGCAACUGAGCAGCGUGUGGAGUUGUACCAGGGCUUGGGAACCUCAGCCCGCUAUCUGACCUCUCGCUUCAUUGACAACCAGUGGAGAGACAAGUGGUUGUCUUUUGACGUCACUGAGACGCUAAAGAAAUGGCUCAAAGGGACUGAUGAUAUACAGGGUUUCCAGCUCCGCCUCUACUGUGAGUGCAGCGUAACACCUUCAGACACUUCCUUUGGUUUUAUGAUCUCUGGCCUAGACAGUGGCAGAGGGGACACGGAACGUAUGGCUCAGAAGACACAGGAGCUGCCCUACAUUCUGACCAUGUCCAUCCCUCAGAACACCAGCAGCCACCUCACCUCACGCAGGAAACGCUCUACGGAAACAAAGGACAUUUGUACAGCCCAAACAGAGACCUGCUGCAUGCGAAGUUUGUACAUCGAUUUCAGGAAAGAUCUGGGCUGGAAAUGGAUACACAAACCAACAGGCUACCACGCCAACUACUGCAUGGGCUCCUGCACCUAUAUCUGGAAUGCUGAAAACAAAUAUUCGCAGAUUUUGGCUCUGUACAAGCAUCACAACCCAGGAGCCUCUGCCCAGCCAUGCUGCGUCCCUCAGGGUCUGGAGCCACUGACAAUCCUCUACUACGUGGGCAGGCAGCACAAGGUGGAGCAGCUGUCCAACAUGAUUGUGAAGUCCUGCAAGUGUAGCUAAAAAUAUAACCUGGUUGAGUGCUGUGGCUUUUUUGUAUCCUGCAGCCCCCCCCUCAGACACAUAGAGACAUGGAAGAAGCUGUGUUUGGGCCACAGAGAGGGGCAUUUGGCAGGAACAGACGAAGACUUCAGCAGCCUUUUCAUUUACCAGCAAAGUCAUUAUCAUGCUGGAAACACAAAUGCAAACUAGGAACUUCUUUUGUACAUGGUGCGAGCGCGCGCGCGUGUGUGUGCGUGUGUGCGUGCGUGUGUGUGUACACAAUAUAUAAACAUCAAUAGCAAAGACAUGUCUUGAAACACAUUAAUUUAUUUGUUGGAAGGACACAAGAAAGACUAAAAAUGUGUUCUGUCAGAACUAAAAAGUGGAUAAAUCAUUGCAAAGGACAUGAAGACCAAAAUGACAUGAGUGAGAGGAGCACUUGUUUUCACAGUUGUCGGCUACGUCACCUUUUUGAAGACGUCACAGAUAAAGGUGCUAAAUCAGGUGUGGGGAUUUCCUGGAAAAUAAUGCUGCAGGUGUUUGUGGAUGGAGCUCAGCCUCUAGGACAGCAGAGCCGGCAGGGACAGUCCGACGGGGGGAAAACCCCGUCCAACCCAGCAGAGCUUCACGUCAUCCGUCCUUUAAACACGUGCUUUGUUUCCCUCACCCACAGGAUUUUCACCGUGUUUCCCUUGUCGCUGUGUUUGUUUCUGCCGGUUUAUGGAUGUCAGCUUUUAACUUAUGAAGCCAGUGAGCUGAGUGGAUCUGACAGCACGCUGCUUUUCUUCCACACUGAGUUGUACAGAUUUUUCUCUUUAGAUGUGAAGGCUGUUGGUUUUCAGGACAGACCGCUGUAACUCUAAACACACAUUUGCUCUUUUUAAAAUCACUAUUGCAACCUGGGAAGAACAUAUUAUCUUUGAUUUCAGAAAAACGAAACUUGUUGCACAGCUCAGUUUUUUCAAAAGAAAGUUAAGCUUGUGUGUUCCACUAAAAUAAACAGUUUCUCAGUUCACCAUUUUGUAGCACUCAUUCAGAAUUCUGUAAUUGUAAAUAUUUCAAGAAAUUUUUAAAUAAACAAUGUUUAAUUAUGU